GGCCUGCUUAAGCCUCUAACUCCCUCUUAUUAUAUAAGAGAAAAUCCAACCUCUGACACGCAUAUUAUCGAGAUCCCAAUUUUGCAAUUCUAAUUCUUGAAUCAAUAUUGUUCUAUUCUAUCACUUUGUGAUUUCGUCGAAAUCAGGCAGGAACAUAUUUAACUUAUUGGUUUCUUCUGCAAAUAUGACUCAAAGGGCCGCAUACAUUUGCAAAUUGUUUGGAUCUUCAUCUCGGCAUCCGCAGGUUGAAUUUAGGUACUACACGCCUCAGGUUGCAACAUCUUUAAGAUCUUGUGUUUACAGUGACGGUGAUGAGUGCCCUGAUGUUGAUUGGGACAAGCUUGGAUUCAGAUUUAUGCCAACUGAUUAUAUGUACAUAACGAAAAGCUCUGAUGUUGCUGGAAAUUUUGAACAAGGACAACUUAAUCGCUAUGAGAAUAUUCAACUAAGCCCAUCUGCUGGCGUCUUAAACUAUGGACAAGGUCUGUUUGAAGGAACAAAAGCUUAUAGACAAGAUAAUGGAGGCCUCUCUCUAUUCCGUCCUCGUGAGAAUGCCAUCAGAAUGCAAAUUGGAGCUGAAAGAAUGUGUAUGCCCUAUCCUUCCAUAGAUCAAUUUGUGGAUGCCGUCAAACAAACUGCUCUAGCUAAUAAGCGAUGGAUUCCUCCUUCUGGAAAAGGCUCACUUUAUAUUAGGCCUCUGCUUUUUGGAAGUGGAUCGAUACUCGGAUUGGCUCCAGCACCUGAGUACACUUUCCUUGUCUAUGCUUGCCCUGUGGGAAACUAUUUCAAGGAAAGAACAGCGCCAUUGAACUUGUAUGUCGAUGAAGACUUCCAUCGUGCCUCACGUGGUGGAGCUGGUGGAGUUAAAAGCAUUACUAACUAUGCCCCUGUUUUACGCGCCAUAAGGAAUGCAAGGGAGAGAGGAUUUUCAGAUGUACUGUACCUUGAUUCUGUAAAUAAGAGGUACAUUGAAGAAGUCUCGUCCUGCAAUAUUUUCCUUGUGAAGGGAAAAGUGAUUUCAACUCCAAUAGCAUGUGGAACAAUUCUUGAAGGUGUGACAAGAAAAAGCAUCAUGGAAAUUGCAAUUGAUCUUGGAUAUCAGAUUGAAGAACGUUUAAUCGAAGCUGAUGAGUUGGUUAGUGCUGAUGAAGUCUUCUGCACUGGCACUGCAGUUGGUAUUGCUCCUGUAGGUAGUAUUACUUAUAAAGGCCAAAGGAUUGAGUAUAAAUUAAGCUCAGAAUUAGCAUGCAAGAAACUUUGCUCGACAUUCGUAGGGAUACAAAAAGGCCACAUCGAGGGCAAGAGGGAUUGGAUUGUUGACAUUGAAUGAUUCUAGCUUUUUGUUUCAUAUUUUUUUUUAAUUUCUUGCAAAAUAUAUACACAUGUAAAGUGACAUUGCAAUGUAAGUCAUGUGUAAACUGUGAAAUAGUUCAAUUUAUCAUUGUUAAAGUAAACCUAUAUAUUGGAUGUCAACAAUCGUGUGUAUAUAUAAUAUACUAGUCUUUUGGAACCUG